CCUUGUUGUUCCAACGACUUCAUGUACUCUAUACAAAUUCAGACUUCACACCUUAAUUAAGGUACAAAAAAUCUCUAUUCCAAUUGUUUGACUCAAUUCAUUUCAACUCUACUUUUGUAUCUUAAGAAUCAAUGGAGAAAGAGUGUAAGAAGAAACAAGUAAUAAAUUCUUGCACCAGGCCAAACCCGAAUGCUUCAUCACCUCAUAAAGAACCUAACCUAGCUGCAAUUGCGGUUAGUCUUGACAUACGGUUGAGAUCAUCCGACAUGCCUUUCGCCAUGCAAGAACGUGCCAUACGUCUCACUAGAUCACUCCUUGAUUCGUCUACUUCUCGUCCUCAUAAUCUUACUCUCCUAGCUCGUUCCAUCAAAAAGGAGUUUGAUAAAUGGUAUGGACCGGCAUGGCACUGUAUAGCAGGGAAGAGUUUUGGAUCGUUUGUGACACAUUCACCAGGAGGAUUUGUGUAUUUCUCAGCGGACAAGUACUCGUUUCUUCUAUUCAAGACAGCGGUGCAACUGAUCUCCGACGAACCACCAUCUCUUUCCAAAAGUUAACCGAUGGUAGACAAUUGUUUUGGGACAGACAGUACUUUUAACUAUUUGACACAUGAUGUCCAGUUAAUGGGUUGUUUUCUGUAGAUACAUUUGAAAAUCGCUAAAAUUUUGGUGCUUAAUUUGAGUGAGUUGGUAACAAGUUCAAA